UCUCAGCCAAAGAAAUACAGAUCUCAUUCCACUCAAACAUACUAUGAAUUCUAACACAUUGUGGCUCAACUAAUCUCUAGUUUGUUACAUGGAACUUUCUCUGAAAAAUUGUGUGGCUAUUCUUUCAUUGUAUUUACUCAUACUCUACACACUAAAACCAAUUCAACGUGAGCAUAAAUAGAUUGAAUAACUCACAUAUGCUUCAUUCACUUGUGAGAGAAAAAAAACAAAACAAAGAACAUGCAUCGUCAAGCAGUGAAAAGCAAUCUUGUUGAUUUGAGUUCAGAUAGAAAAAUGAUUGGAUCAAGAAAUUAUGAUCACCCUAUUUGCCCUAAACCUAUUAGGCUUUCACCUUCCAUACCUGAUUUCCUCAAACCAAUCAACUGUUCUAAGCAUAGUCAUCAAAACAUUGAUGAAAGGAAUGGAGUGUUGAAUAUGAUCAUUGAAAAGAAUGUAGAUGGAAUGGAAUCAAUAUGUAAUGGAUGCUUACCUUGCUGUUACUCCGGCUCUCCACCGCGAAGAACAGAGAAUCCAUUGGUUCAUGAUGUUGAAUUUCUUCACCAAAUGGAAGUUGUUUCACCACUAUUAUCACGAACUAAAUUUUCUGACAAAUUUAGUAUUGCCUCUGCUUCUACAAUGUGA